GGCCUGGAAGAUGAGGAGGGGGGUCACGCAGUUCUAGGCGACGGGCAAAUGUUCCCGGAGCGCAUUGCGGAGGCACAGAAAUCCCGCCCGCGCUCCCAGCAGCAGGAGGUGAAGGAGGAGGAGCUGUCCUACCCGGAGUGGAUUAGCCGGAGUUACGUGGAGCUCAUGAGUCUGAACGAGCACUCGAUGCAGGCGCUGUCCUGGAGGAAGCUCUACCUGAGCCGGGCCAAGCUCAAAGCCUCCAGCCGCACAUCGGCUCUGCUCUCCGGAUUCGCCAUGGUUGCUAUGGUGGAAGUCCAACUGGAAGCAGAUCAUGUCUACCCCACUGGCCUCCUGAUUGCUUUUAGUGCCUGUACUACUGUUCUGGUUGCUGUACAUUUAUUUGCACUGAUGAUCAGCACCUGCAUUCUUCCCAACAUUGAAGCAGUGAGCAAUGUCCAUAAUCUGAACUCUGUGAAAGAGUCCCCUCAUGAAACGAUGCACCGUCACAUUGAACUAGCAUGGGCUUUCUCUACAGUCAUUGGGACGCUGCUGUUCCUGGCUGAAGUUGUCUUGCUUUGUUGGGUGAAGUUUCUUCCGGUGAACAGUCCGAAGUCGGCGGUCAACGAUACGUCUAUUAGCCCUGGCAAGGCAGCAGCUAUUGCCUCAACCUCCAUCAUGGUUCCAUUUGGAGUAAUCUUUAUAAUAUUUGCUGUUCAUUUCUACAGGUCCCUGGUCAGCCACAAAACAGACAGACAGUUCCAGGAGCUAAAUGAACUUUCUGAGCUAGCUCAUCUUCAGGACCAAUUGGACCACAGAGGGGAAUCGGUCCAACCCCCUGGUCAUUAUGCAUAGGUUUUGUUCCCCUAAUAAAGGGCUACAUUCUCCUGUCUUACAAUAUUUUGGAUACAUAAGCGAGAUGUUAUUCUGCAAGGGGCAGUUCAUUUGUACUAAGAAUGCACUUUCACUCUAGUCAGGCAAGAGGCAGAAGUAAACUUGAGGGCUUACUAGUAUCAUCCUCCAUUUUCAGUGACGAAAACAAGUCUUUAUCAAUAUGCCUAGAAUAUGUCUGUCAGCAGAAUGUAGAUCUGUGCAGGGCCCUGCAUGACAUGUGUUAGGUAUUCUGUCUACACACAAGCUGCUGGAAGAAUUUUACCUACUGUAAAUGUAUUUAGCUGUGUUUUACUUUGGGUAAAAUAGGUUGUGGACCAGUCCCAGAUUAGAUCCUUUCAGCAGGUUGAUUUCGGUGCACUUUGUCACUGUUUAUCCUGCAUCAUGCUUGUCCUUUGCUGUCUGUGAUUGUCACAAAGACACUGCAGCCUUACCCAGGGUAUGGAGUGAGUGUUGGAUUGCUUUGCUUGUCACUGUAACUCAGAUCUGUUGCAUGUAGGGAGCUGACAGGAACGUAAUGUGAUGCAUGCCACAAUUACCUAUGUGUGAGCCACUGGAAUGCUUUGAAUGCUUAACAGAGAAUGUGUAUAUAUGCAAAGACUCUUUAUAGUUGACCUUGAUCAACAUUUUUUUACAUUUGGAAGUCGCACAUUUCAAACUUAGUUUUUAUUGAAUACAUUUACCAUAUCGCUUUAAGUGCCUCCAGUGCAUCUUCAUUGAUGCAUUGUAUGUCUGACCUGUUAAAUGUUGUAUGCAAAUUGUAUUCUUUACUGAAUAUAAAUAGAUAUCCCUUGAACAUUUCCACUGCUAAAGCAAGCAAUAGACUUGUUAGACCUCCUGUGUGGAGAUGUCACUUUUCAAGGGGAUUUCCCGAAAAACGGGAAAUCUGAUCUGUUAGCACCCCACUGUGUAGUAAUA